AUGCGUUAUAGGCGUUAUAGUCGUUAUUGGCGUUAUAGGCGUAAUAGUCGUUAUAUGCGUUAUAGGCGUUAUAGUCGUUAUUGGCGUUAUAGGCGUUAUAGACGUUAUUGGCGUUAUUGGCGUUAUAGACGUUAUAGUCGUUAUUGGCGUUAUUGGCGUUAUAGUCGUUAUAGGCGUUAUUGGCGUUAUUGCCGUUAUAGGCGUUAUAGGCGUUAUUGGCGUUAUUGGCGUUAUAGACGUUAUAGUCGUUAUUGGCGUUAUUGGCGUUAUUGGCGUUAUUGCCGUUAUUGGCGUUAUAGGCGUUAUAUGCGUUAUAGGCGUUAUUGCCGUUAUUGGCGUUAUUGACGUUAUAGGCGUUAUAGUCGUUAUUGGCGUUAUUGGCGUUAUAGACGUUAUUGGCGUUAUUGACGUUAUAGGCGUUAUAGGCGUUAUUGGCUUAUAG